AUGGAAUCCGGCAAUCAUGUGGCAUCAAAUGAUUAUGUAGAUGCUUUUAGUUACAUUAAUGAAAGACCGGUUGAUGACAUAUCACUGGAAUUUUUUUAUAAGCCACAUACCAUAACCCUUUUAGCCGUAUCAAUUGCAACUGUUAUAUACACAGCUUUUGUAAGAGAUGAAUCGAGCAUACAAGAGAAUAUCUGGUCUGGGAUUUGCUGCGUUAUCUUCUUCUUUCUUAUUGUAUCAGUACUUACAUUUCCUAAUGGACCUUUUACAAGACCACAUCCAGCUGUCUGGAGAAUUGUUUUUGGAGCAUCUGUUCUUUAUCUACUAGCUUUAUUAUUUUUACUAUUUCAAAGUCAUUCCACUGUGUAUGAGAUAAUGUAUUGGAUUGACCCCAAUCUUCGUAACUUUCACAUUGACAUGGAUAAGGAAUAUGCAGUGAACUGUUCUGAUAUAUCUAUAGCCAAAGUUUGGUCUCAUGUAGAUGUUUUUGCUUGGGGACAUUUUUUAGCCUUAGAAAUGAGAGAAUACACAUGGGUCAGUAUAAGAGACAUUACAUCAACAACAGGAAAAAUUAAAAGGGCAAUCAUGCAGUUUACUCCAGUACAGUGGACACCAGUUCGGUGGUUGGAUCCUAAUUGCACUUAUAUGCGAUUUUUUGCUCUAAGUCAGUUGUGCCUAAUUGGUGUGAUUGUCGCCCCUUCUGUCAGACAAUAUUACACUUAUGUAACAGAUUCCAGAUGUAAGAGAGUUGUGUGUACGGUGUGGUGUUAUAUCACCGUUAUUUUGAGCCUGCCAAAAAUUGUCGUAUGGAGACACCAAAGAAAGAAAAAUAGGAGGCAAUUUAAGAGGGUUGUAGGUGUGAAGACUAUGAUAUUAUCUACU